AUGGACGCCAUCACAGCCUAUCUCCCGCAACACGCUGGUUUUCUUCCGAAGUGGCUCUUUUUCACCGGCAUCAUCUCCAUCGGCAACAGCAUCCAAGCCUACUCCACCCUCGAAUUCACCAAACGAGUCUACAACGGCGCUCCCACAGCCGAUGGCAAAGACACCGACAAGAAGCUCUCCGCCGCCAGCCCCGUCACCCCACUCGCCGCGCACCUCUUCGCCACAUGGACCUUCACCUCCGCCAUGGUCCGUCUCAUCGCAGCGUACCACAUCACCACCCCGCCGAUCUUCUGGCUAGCGUUCGUGACAUAUACCAUUGCAUUUUCGCACUUCGGCGCGGAGUGGCUCAUUUAUGGGAACACCAAAUUGGGGGCGGGAUUGGCGGGGCCGCUGGUGGUGAGCACGAGUACGAUCGCUUGGAUGUUGUUGACCUGGCAGGAGUAUUUGGGCUAG